UGCACAUAAUUUGGAGCUGUUUGUAUGCAAGAUUGCGUGAGAUCGCUCUUGCGUCGCAGGGACCAGGGACCUUUAUAACUUAAUGAAUAAUUUCUAUUAUUUUGAUUCGACUAUCCAAUACAUACAUCAACACAUACAUCGUCUUAUGAGUACCUCUAUUUCGCAAUCAAGUCGCCAUUCCCGAAUAAUCUCCGAACCUACGGAAACCGAACUUGAUUGAAUUUAACAGUUUAACAGUUUGCGACAUAUCAAAUAUCAUCUAAUAGCCAUCUCAUUCGAUUAGAGAUCUAAGUCUACGAGAGAAAAUGUCAGAUCCAGCUUUUGAUGCUAAAUCGGCAUCGUUUUUAGAGUGGUUUAAGACCUGGCCUGGAGCGACUUUCCAUCCUAACAUCAAGAUUGGAGAUCUACGCGCAAACGGCGCCGGAAGAGGAAUUGUUACCACUGCGGAUAUCCCUGAGGAUACCGUACUGUUCUCCAUUCCGAGAACAGCAAUCAUCAACACAGAGACUUCUGACCUCCCUAAACGCAUACCCCAAGUCUUCGAGACGACGGGCUUAGAGGACACAGACAAUGAAGCCGAUGAAGAUGGGAGCGAAACCAGCGGUCCUCCAGAUAACUGGAUCUCACUUAUUCUCAUCAUGAUAUAUGAGUAUCUUCAAGGUGACAGGUCUCGAUGGAAACCCUACUUCGACGUACUUCCCGAUCGGUUUGAAACCCUAAUGUGGUGGUCAGACCAAGAGUUGAGCGAACUUCAAGCAAGCUCGAUUGUGUCCAAGAUAGGCAAAGACGAGGCUGAUGGCAUGUUCCGCACUCGAGUAUUGCCAAUAAUCAAUGAGCAUGCCGACGUUUUUUAUCCGGAAGGAUCCGGGAGACUUACCGAGGAUCAAUUGAUGCUUCUGGCGCAUCGCAUGGGCAGUACCAUUAUGGCAUAUGCUUUCGACUUAGAGAACGAAGACGAAGAAUCUGACCCUGAGAAUGGCGAGGAAUGGGUUGAAGAUAAAGAAGGCACCCUCAUGAUGGGCAUGGUGCCGAUGGCUGAUAUCUUGAAUGCAGAUGCCGAAUUCAACGCCCACGUCAAUCACGGCGAAGAUAGUCUGACUGUCACUACCCUGCGUCCAAUUGCUGCUGGAACUGAAGUGCUCAACUACUACGGGCCGCUCGGAAAUGGCGACCUAUUAAGACGCUACGGAUACGUGACGAAAAACCAUUCCCGGUAUGACGUAACGGAAAUAUCGUGGGACCUGGUUUUAUCUGUAUUAAAAGACACGCUCAGACUGGAUGAAGCCACCUGGGGUAAAGCGGCCAAUGAGCUAGACCUAGAGGAAAUUGAGGACGCCUUUGUCAUCGAACGAGAUUCAGGGGAGCCGAAUUCCCAUGGCGAACUUCAGGAUGAGCCGGCCUUUAAGGAGCUUCCCUCGGAUUUAGUUGAGCAGCUCCAUGCAGUACUCAAAGCCGUCAGAAAGAUCAGCCCAGCUACCAUUCCGGAUAAGGCGAUACGGGAUGAGAUCACAUCGUUAGUUAUACAUCGUGCCCUCGAACUAAGACUGGCACAAUAUACUACGAACCAAGUGUACGAUUUGGAUCUACUAUCCGGCAAUAAGGUUUCAGGCCGACAGAGGAUGGCCGUAACUGUGCGGUGGGGCGAGAAGGUUCUACUGCAAGAAGCUAUCAACUUCGUGCAAGAAAAGGUGCACAAGUUGAAGGCCAGAACAAAUCCAGAAUCGGAACCAUACGCGAAAAGGCAAAGAACCAGGUGAAGGAUGAGCACGACCGUCAGCGUAAAAAGGUUAAUGUGGAUCGGGAUGCCGUCUCCCUACGUUUUUCCCGACAACGUUCAGCCACGUGUGCCCGCCCGACAGCCUAACCUUUAGGGGGUGCAGAAGGGGGUGCAGAAAAUAAAUUAAGGGGGCAUUGACCACCCACAGGGCUUAGCUAUUCUCGUUAGACGCAGGCUGAGGCGGGGCCGAUCUCAUGUCUUACUUUCUGGCCAGCCUAUCAGGUUGCUAGCUAUGUCGUGUUAGAGAUGCGCGAGAAUGCAGGGACUAGGUUAGAAAAUAAGGUGCUACUGGGCUAGAAGAGUUUAACCUAGAGAACUUGUAGGUAACCUACUAUGUAGGUAGGUAGUUAGAUCAUGAUAAAUGAAGACCUCACGGCGAACUAUUUCCCCA